AUGGCCAAAGGACGCAAAUCUAACAUAAAACCUAUCCUCUCCAAACCCCAGGCUUCCUCCUCUCCUCUCGCCUCAGGCGCCGAAUCGGGCAAUGAAGCGGCCAAAUCCGCCAACCCCACUGGCGUCAGCUCGGGCAGCGCUGCCUCUCUGAAUCGUCCCUCGUCGCCAACUCCUCCUGGCGGGCCGCGAACUGCCCUUCGUCGUCGCGCGGCGGCCGAUCAUAAGGAGACGAUGCGGAAUGCGAGGCCGGCCUCGACUCGGGCGGCGGGUGCGGGUGGCUCGUCGGGGACGAUGUUGAAGCUGUAUACGGACGAGAGCCCGGGAUUGAAGGUUGAUCCUGUGGUUGUGUUGGUGCUGAGUUUGGGGUUUAUCUUUUCGGUUGUGGGAUUGCACGUUAUCGCCAAAAUUACCCGCAAGUUCUCCUCUUAG